AUGGCCCUGCAUGGUUGCUAUCGGGGGAAGCUUUGCCACCGGGAGGUUGAUAUUGUGAAGGCUCUCCCCCUCCUGUAUUUGAAAAACAUAUGUAGGAUCUCGUUGGAUUUGUUCUCAGCAGAAGGGGGAAAUUAUGGUUCUAGCGGACCGACCUUACCUUCCCAACCGGUUGUCGGGGUCAUUUCCCUAGCUCAUUUUUCGGCUUCUGCUUUUGCCGAUAUGCUUGAGGGGAUGCAAGCAAAAAAAGGUACCACCCCUAUCCAUAAAAAACAAAGUUUGCACGUGGUGCUGUCGUCGGACGAAGAGACUAAAUCCGAUGACGCGGGCCUCCGCCCUUUGUUUGUGCCUGGGCAGAAAGAGUUGGUGGUGGUGCCUAGUUCUUCAAAGGCAUCACCUUCAUUGUUUACUGGCUCGCUGUCAGUUGAUCCUGGUUCUAGUUCCAUGCUUGGGGGUGCAGUGGGUAUGUUAGGGGAUUCUUCCCCAUCAGACAAUCCUUCCAUGGGUGACAAAGUGAAAAAUGUGUCUCACCCCUUGGCUUUCGAAGUUUAUGCUCCAAGCUGGGCGGUUACUAAGGAUUUCUUACUGUCAGAAGGCAUCAUCGCCCAGGAGUGGAGUAGUUAUGCUCAUCCACCGGCCACAAUGAAGUUUCUUGCGGCCCAAUCGGGUGCUCGUAUGGCUGAUGACUUUUGA